GAAUCGUUACUCAGGGACACAGAAUUGUUACUCAGGGACAAAGAAUCGUUACUCAGGGACACAGAAUUGUUACUCAGGGACACAGAAUCGUUACUGAGGGGACACAAUCGUUACUCAGGGACACAGAAUUGUUACUCAGGGACACAGAAUCGUUACUCAGGGACACAGAAUCGUUACUCAGGGACACAGAAUUGUUUACUCAGGGACACAGAAUCGUUACUCAGGGACACAGAAUUGUUACUCAGGGACACAGAAUCGUUACUCAGGGACAGACACAGAAUUGUUACUCAGGGACACAGAAUCGUUACUCAGGGACACAGAAUUGUUACUGAGGGACACAGAAUCGUUACUCAGGGACACAGAAUUGUUACUCAGGGACACAGAAAUGUUACUCAGGGGACACAGAAUCGUUACUGAGAGAC